CCCUUCUAGGAGACAUCUUCAGUGUUGUCUCGCCUCCAUUGAAGUGCUGUUGUUCUGUUCUGUUCUGAAUUUAUAUGGUCCGCUCUGUUAAGAGAUCAAAUGGCCCAGUCCACUCUCUCCAAGUUCUUCACUCCUCAGGACAGUAGGAACCUACAACAUCAGUACAAUACGGGGCAUUUGGAAGCUGUGAUUCUUCAGAUGAAGAAGAAGUCUGACAAUUUAAACCACAUGCAGCUGAACAUUGCAGUGAUGGGGGAUGUGGGCUCAGGGAAGUCCACCUUCAUUAAUGCAAUGAGAGGACUUCAGAGUGAUGACCAAGGAGCUGCUCCAACUGGGAAUGAAGAAACCAGGAUUGAGCCAACCAAGUAUCCUUAUCAUUUUCUGCCUCAUGUCCAACUCUGGGAUCUUCCAGGAACAAAUUCCUUUGGGUUUGAACUAAAUCAUUACCUAAAGAAGGUGAAUUUUGAAAGUUAUGACUUUUUCAUUAUUAUUUCUCAGUCUCGAUUCAGAGAAAAUGAUGCAGAUCUUGCCAAAAAGAUUCAAGAUCAAGGCAAAGAGUUUUACUAUGUCCGGACCAAAAUAGACAAUGAUGCCUGGUCACUGAAGAGACAGGGAGCUAACCUUAAUGAAGGCUGGGACAGAAUCCGCAGAGACUGUGUCAGUAACUUCCAAAGUGUAGGGGUUGCACCACCAGCUAUUUUUCUGAUUUCUAGUUUCGAUCGAGAGGAAUAUGACUUUCCUGAAUUAAAGAACACACUCGCCAGGGAUCUCCUGAGCAUUAAAUUAAACAUCUUUUCACUGUCAAUCCCAAAGAUUAUGACAGAAAUUACAGAAUACAAACAAAGGAUGUUAGGGAAGAGAGUCUGGAUAUUGGUCAUUCUUGCUGGAGCAGUAGGUGCAGUGCCAGUGCCAGUGUUGUUUAUCAUUACUUGUAAUGGGUUAACAAUGGCUGGAUUGAUAUACCUUCAGAAACAGCUGGGAAUCAGUGAUAAGUUUCUGCAAAAUUUGGCCAGCAAAAUCUCCAAGCCAUGUUCCAUUCUGAAAGCUGAAAUGAACUGCCAAUUGCCAAGUAAGAUACGACCAGUAUUUACCAAGAUCCUGUUCGGAAUCACCCUCGUCACCUGCAUAAUAACUGGGAUCAGACAUAGCUUCAGUCCGAUGACCCAGUCUAUCUUUGGAGCAGUGUCAUCCUUUGCUUUUAGCUACAAGUUGCUGUCGGAUUCACUGAGACAGCAUUUGGAAACUGUGCACCAGUUAGUGAAGAGUGCACUGAGCAGAGAGUGAUAUCAUUCCCUGGACAUUUCACCAAUCAACAUUACUGCUCAUUAUGUUUAAUGUAGAAUGAGAUAGGUUAUUCUGAUCAGGACCUUAGUCAAAAUCAUUUUCUAUUCUGUGCCGAGGUGAGAAAAUCAUAGAAUCCCUACAGGGCAGAAGCAGGCCCAUCAAGGCCACCCUGACCUUUCAAAGAACAUCCCACCCAGACUCACACCCUACACUACAAUGUUGUGUUGCCCAUGACUAGUCCACCUUUCCUGCACAUCCCUGAACACUACAGGGCAAUUUAGCAUGGCCAAUCCACCGACCUGCACAUCUUUGGACUGUGGGAGGCAACUGGAGCAACCCUUGCAGACACAGGGAAAAUGUGCAAACUCCACACAGACAGUUGCCUGAGAUUGGAGUCAAACCAAGUCCCUGGCGCUGUGAGAUAUCAGUGCUAACCACUGAGCCACCAUGCUACCCCGCAUCCUAGCUUUUGUUAUUGCUCCACUUAAUUAAAAUGGAAAUAGAUAAAGAUAAACUAUAUUGAUAUUUGUUUAUAUUUAAUAUACUGCCCGUGCAGCUCCCUGACAUUCAACACUCCUUAAUAUGAACCAUCCUGCUAAUAUUUGGAGCGAAUAAUGAGACUGAGUCUGAUCGUGGAUUAAAAACCAGAGGGCCACUUAUCACAGUCAAACCCAAUCACUAAUUCUGCUGCAACUUCACAGCUCUCUUUACCUGAAGAAGGAGUAGAUCCAGUUUAAAAUUUUAAUUUGGUUUCUCUCUCAAUAGAUGCUCUCAGGCCAGCUAAGCUCCAGCAUUUCCAGCAACUUCUGCUUUUAAUACAGAUGUCCAGCAUCUGCAGUAUUUUGCUUUUAUCUCUCUGCAGCAAAGUUUCUCUUGAUCAUUGUUCUGAUUUGCUUACAAUGAAUCUUCAUUUGUAAAUAUUUUAAUUCAUAAGUCAUACAUAGAAGAAAAUAACUUUGGGGAUUUGAGACUUUUUUUAUAUCACAGAAUCACAGAAUCACAGGAACGUUAUGGUGUGAAGGCGCUCAGUCAGGCAACCAUGUCUGUGCUGGCUCUUUUGAGUAUUUGAACUUUAUGCUAAUCUACUCCCUUUUCCCCAGGUCCUUGUGGAUGGUUAUUUCAAUAGAAAUAAUCUAAUGCAUUCUUGAAUGCUUCAAUUAAAUUUGCCACUGCCACAGUAAGUUGCCUCCAUCACAUCCCCAGACACUACAUUCCAUAUCUUAACCUGUGUGAAAACAUUUUUCUCACCUCAUAUCUGCUUCUUUUGCUAAGUGUUUUAACACGGCGUCCUUUGUUUAUGAUCUUUAUCCAGUAAGAAAUGUUUCUCUUGUAGACUUCAACCAUGGACAAACCCCUUCGGAUUUUAAGACUUCUGUUUUAUCUGCCCUGAGUUUUUACUUCUCCAAGAACAUAGUCUCAACUUCUCCAAUGUACCCUUAAAACUAAAAGUCUUUUCAAUUCUCCAGCUGAGGUCUAACCAGUGCCUUAUGAAAGUGUGGCAUAACCUCCCUGAUCUUGUAUUCUAUGCCCCUGUUAAUGAAAUCCAAAAUGCUGUCUGUUUUAUUAACUGCUCCCAUGGCCUGUCCUGCCUCAUUUCAUGAAUCAUGUACACAGCCACUCAGGUCUCUCUGCUCUUACACUUCCUUUAGAACAUGACCCUUUAUUUUCUAUGAUCCCUCCUUGUUAUUUUUACCAAUGUGUUUCACCUCUCAGUUAUCUACACUGAACUUCAUCCGCCACCUAUCCAUUCAAUCCACCACUUGUCAAUGUCUUUUUUGAAGUUCUACACUGUCCUCUCUACAAUUUAUAAUUCUCAAAUUUUGUGCUGUUUGGAGACUUUGGAAUUGUCCCCUGCACACCAAGAUCAAAAUCAUUAAAAUACAUAACAGGAGAAGUGAGAGUCCCAGUAUUAAUCCCUGUGGAACUCCGCUACAAACGUUCUUCCAGUCUGAAAUUGCCCAUUCACCAUUGUGUGGAGCUGGAGGAACACAGCAGGCCAGGCAUCAUCAGAGGAGCAGGAAAGUGGACAUUUCAAUUCGGGACCCUUCUUCACCCUGGCCUGCUGUGUUCCUCCAGCUCCACACUGUGUUAUCUCUGACUCCAGCAUCGGCACUUACUACCCCCAAUCACUAUUGUACUUUGUUCCCUAUCCCUCAGUCAAUUAUGCUCCCACGUUACUACUGUCCCUUUUAUUCCAUGACCAAAAUCCUUCUUCACAAUUCUGUUGUAUAACAUUGUAUUGAACACCUUUUGAAAAUCCAUGUAAAAGAUUUGGGAGAGUGAGACACAUGGUUGUCUAUUUAAAAUUGAGGAUGCUCAAAGGUGAGAAUUGGAAGCGUGAAGAGCUCCGAGAAGAUCAUUGGGAUUUGCAGAGAGAGGGAGGGCUGAAGUCAUGAAAGGAUUUGAGACCAAGGAUUAGAAUUUUAACAUUGUACAUAGGGAUUCUGAAUAAGUGAGAUUUGAUGGAAGUUAAGACAUGGCGGAUCUCAAGUUUACAAAAGUUGGAUUGUGAGAGAUUAGACAGAAAUCAGUCAAUCAAUCAAUCAGUUAAUCAAUCAAUAAGUUGUCCCCUUAACACCCACAUCCUGUGAAUGAUUUAAAAAACUCCUAAUAUCCUGGACCACAAUUUCUCACAUAUUAGUCUUAACACCUUAAAGCUAACUGUAACACCCUAAAACCCAUAAUAUUAUUCUUAAUACCUGAACACUAAAAUACUUUGACAUUUACUCAUGAUCAUAACCAAAAUAUGUCUGAUGAACGCCCUCCCAAUGGGCAUUAUGCUUCUGGGGAUACAUAGCACUUACAGAGACAAUUCCACAGUCACUCCCAGCUCUCCAGAGCUUCACUUCUCCCUCAGUGCCAGAUCGGAAUUUCCUAAGAUCUGCCCACAGCAUCAGUUGUUGUUGCAACUGAUAUAGAUGCUGACUGUUGGUUAUUCACCUUUUUAUGUCAGGGUACUGUACAGCUGCUCAUCAACAUUAGGGAGGCAGCAUUUCUUCCUACAGAUCUUUACCAAAACUUUGAAGUCCUUCCUAUAUUCACAUCUGCACUCACAGAAGGAUCUUUCCAUCCCCCUAAUGAAGUCCCCAUUACCUAUGUUUUCCCAAUUUUCAUUUUGUCCCUCUGUACAGCUGAUCCAUACUCUGGACCAUUGACUUCUCUCUGAUUCCAAUCCCGAGAGGAACCAUCACUCUCGUCAGUAUAUAGGCUGUAGAACAGUCAGGAAGUGAGAUGUACUGAGGAGACAACCUGUGUGAUCCUCCUUGAGGGGUAGUCACCCAUUACUUCUCGACCUGGAGUCUCUGAAGUUGCAAGAUGAUCACGUGAGCUAUCCAUCGUGCUCUCAGCCUCACGGACAUGUCACAGUGAUGCAAGCUGCUCUUUAAACUCCGAAUAUGCAAGCUUGAGCAGCUCCAACAGGGAACCAUUACUGCAAAUGUGCAUUUUUUCAGAUCAUGUAAAGUGUCCAGGAGUUCCCACUUGAUGCAGGCUGCAAAUGAUGGAUUUAUAUGCCCUGCCAUGCCUCUCUUUAUCAGACAACUCACUGAACAUAUCAGAAAUAAAACUUCAGACUUAAUAAAACUUCAGAUUAAAAACUUAAACACUCAUUUUAAACCUGGUUUAGUUAUUCUAAACCUAUAUUCAAGAUUCCAACUUUAAAAACUACCUUCCAUCAGAAUUGUUGUUUCCUUAGAUUCUGUCGUUUAUUCGUUGUGGCCGUGGAGGACUGAAGGAGCAAUUAUUUCCACUCAGAUACAUCUAGAGAUCACUCUUGUGCUCACUCAAUCAGAAGAUGGAAGAUUGACCGUCCUAGAAGAAGCAGUGCCUUCAAUAUCUUCACAGAAUCACACCAGUGCUAGGUACCAGCUACUGGCAAGAGACCAACAUGAAUAACCUCAGUUCCUCCCUGUAGCCUCUGAGCUAUUGUACUAUUAACAAGGUCCUAUGUGGGGUGCUGCCUUCCUGACCCUCACCCCAUCUAAUAUGUUAGGGAAUAGCCCACCCAGUGGAAUGAAGACUUCCUCACCAUAAUUGGGAGCGUUGAGCCUGGACUUCCUCUCCUCUAGACUAAGAUGGCCAGCUGUCA